AUUAAAUAGACGUCAUAUAUUUGAUCAGAAAGAAUAAAAAAAUAGGAGUAAGAUCGAUUAUAAAAAGAAAUCUAGAUAUUAAUUUUGUUACAGUUGAACUGCAAAGUAUCUACAAUUAUGUUGAAUAUUAUUUUUAUAAUCGCAACUUUUUCUGUUGUGCUUCUGAGUUUAUCAAAUACAGAGGCUCAAUUAAAUAGUUAUUACAAUUUAACACCAAAUGAUAUAAAAGAAAAAUGUAUAAAUAAUAACUUUAAUUUAACUAAAUUAAAAUUAAAUUAUAAUGAAAUGAUAAAUUUUGUUUUUGGAGAAACUAAACGUGAAUUAUCAAUUGAGAAUGCCUUAAAAACUGACGACAAUUGUAUGGGUGAUUUAAAUAUCACGAAUAUACUUCAAAAUGGAUUCCAAAUUAUUAUGCAAAAUUGUCUUAAGGAUGAUAUUUCCCUAUCAGACGACGAUAUUAAAGUUUUAAUUCGUCAAAGUUUAGACAAAUUAUGUGCUGUAACUCGAUUUAUAUUGUUCAAACAUCAUCUAAGCACUUGUAUUGAUGAGGAUUACCACGAAAACUGUUUAGAAAACGUAUUAAAAUCAGCUAAUUUAACACCUGAAACUUUAGAAAAUGGAGCAGAAUUUGCUAAUUUGGGAUUAAAAUAUUCUCCAAAAGGAAAAAAGACAUCUGAAGAUAUAUUUGACUGUUUCUCAUAUUCAAUUGAAAAGUGUAGUGCUGAAGAAAAAGAAACAGAAAAGAAACUAGUUUCGAGAAUAAAGGAUACAAUAAAAGUCAGAAAUUAAAAUUUUGAAAUGUAAAAAAGAAAAUUACAUCAGCAAAUGUGUAUUCCUUUAAAAUAAAUUUUAAUUUAAAAAUUA